AUGCAGGCCCCCAUUGAGCAUCGCUGGCAGCCCUAUGAUGAUAACGGUGGCACGUGCCUCGGAGUUGCAGGCGACGACUACGCCGUGCUUGCAGCGGACACGCGCCUGAGCACGGGCUACCGCAUCCACUCGCGGCACUGCAGCAAGGCCACGCAGCUGACCAGCAAGUGCGUCAUCUCCUCCUGCGGCAUGAAGGCCGACGCCAUCACGCUGCACCGCCUGCUCCGGGCGCGCAUCGUCAUGUACGAGCACCAGCACCGCCGGCCGCCGAGCGUGACCGCGAUCGCGCAGCUGCUGUCGACCAUGCUGUACGGCAAGCGCUUCUUCCCGUAUUACACCUUCAACGUCUUGGUGGGCAUCGACGACGAGGGUAAGGGGGCCGUCUACCAUUACGACGCCAUCGGCAGCUUCGAGCGCGUGCCCUACACAACCUCGGGCAGCGGCAGCUCCCUGGUGAUGAGCGUCCUGGACGCACAGAUCCAAAAGGGCAAUCAGACCAUCGAGACGCCAGUCCUUACCAAGGACAAGAUCGUCGAUUUGUCGAUGGACGUGCUGUCGUCCGUGGGGGAGCGCGAUAUCCACACUGGAGACGCAGGCGAGAUCUUCGUCAUCGAUGCUGCGGGCGUUCACAAGACGAAGUUCGAGCUCAAGCUCGACUGA